AUUGCAAGUCCCCGGGCAGAGACAGAGAGUGAGGAGAGAAAGAGGAAAGAAAAACAAGGCAACAAGUUACUUCUAACUUCCAACCUUAAACUCCUCUUAUUCCAAGUGUGAAAAUAGGGGAAGGCAGAGAUACUUCCUGUGCUGCCUCAUCACCUCAUGGGUUAGAAAAUACUGUGUAAUGCAGCAGCAGUGGAUGAUGGGAGGACUCGUAUUGGUCCUGCUGGUUCUCUCAGCAAUGGCAGUGGAUGCUGGAAAGGCAGAGAAACCAGGCAAGAACGAGCGGAAGUCAGACUGUGGGGAGUGGCAGUGGAGUGUCUGUGUGGCGAAUGUUGGGGACUGUGGCCUGGGAACAAGAGAGGGAACCCGCACAGGGAAUGACUGCAAGCAAACCAUCAAGACCCAGAGGUGCAAGAUCCCCUGCAACUGGAAGAAGCAGUUUGGAGGUGAAUGCAAGUAUGACUUCCAGGCAUGGGGGGAAUGUGACCUGUCCACCGGCAAAAAGACCCGCACUGGAACCCUGAAGAGAGCCCUGCUGGACGCUACCUGCUCUGACCCUGUCAGUGUGACCAAGCCCUGUGGAAAAACUGUCAAGACGAAACCACAAGAUUCUAAGAAGCCAAAACAAGAGGGAAAGAAGAAGGAGCGGACCCCUGUGGAAUAACAAUGUAACCUCGAUGAUGGGGGGGAGCCUCUGGAUGUCUAUUGUAAACCUUUCUCAGUGACCCCCAGUUUGUAACUAGUUCCCCACCUGUGAUACUGUAUGUCCACUGUUCAGAGAGACUCUUAAAAAAACUAUAUAUAUAUUUGUUUUUUCUUAAAUAGAAAGUUAAAGGAAAUUAGGGAAACAAAACCAAGUAAUAACAAAAAGAUUUGCCUACUUGUGUGAAAUGUGUGCUUGUAAAAAUUAAUAAUUCUAAAUAAUAAUAUUUUUCUAUCUUUCACCAUGGGCAGUAUCUUAAUAGCUGGUGGAAGUUUUUUUUAUCCUUUUUUAUCUGUUAGUUGUGGUGUUUCGUAGCUGUUUCUUUUCUGAAUUCUCACACUCAACUUCACCCCCUAUUUUGCUAAAUGUCUUCUUGAACCAACACACCCAGCUCAUCUAUAGUAUGACCAGCUGUAACCCACUGUGGUUUUAUUCUAAAAUGCUGAAUUCUCGAUCUUGGAAUAUCUGUACAAUGUUAGAAUGAGCUGUCAUUUUUGUUGCAGGCCACAUUGCCCCAGAAAUGUUUAAUAAAAUGCAUUCUCUUUACCCAGUCGUUAGAGAGCAUGGUAAUAGAUGAUAUGAAAGUAAAUGCCAAAAAAGUCACUUUUUUUUAUAAAUCUAUUUACUGUUCUGAAAAUACUCCAUUUCAGAAUUGUUACUAAAUAUGUUUAGUUUUUUUACAAUAAAUUACAUACUUACUGUU